UUUUUUCUUGCAGUCGUCCCGAAGACAGCACUCGAUCGUGUCUGCGCGGUGUUUACCAUUAAUUGAGCUAUUCAAGGUCGAGUACUGGAGAAGAUAUACAGUAGUUUUUCCCCUUAUGCCAGAAAAUGUUUGCCCGUAAAUUAGCUACCCAGGUUUUACGACGCGCUCAGGGAGCUUCCCUGAACGUGUUGACGAGAAAUACGGUAGCAACAGCAGCCGCUCCACAGCCUAUCCAAGAGCCAGAGAUCCAUUUCAACAAGAUUUUCAUCAAUAACGAAUGGCAUAAUGCUUCUUCGGGAAAGACCUUCGAAACCGUCAAUCCAUCGACGGGAGUCAAGAUCACGGAUAUUGCCGCCGGGGAUAAGCGCGACGUCGACAAGGCCGUGAAAGCAGCAAAGGAUGCCUUUAAAUUGGGCUCUCCCUGGAGACGCAUUGAUGCGUCUCAACGCGGUCUGCUCCUCAAUCGCUUGGCGGAUUUGAUUGAACGUGAUCGUAACUACCUUGCGAGCCUCGAAACGCUGGAUAACGGGAAAACCUAUGCUAAUUCCAUGGCCGUCGAUUUGGAGCUGACAAUUCGAUGCUAUCGCUACUACGCUGGAUGGGCAGAUAAAAAUCACGGAAAGACCAUUCCUCUCGACGGAAACUUCUUCUCAUACACUCGCCACGAACCGGUUGGUGUUGUUGGACAGAUCAUUCCUUGGAAUUUUCCUUUGCUUAUGCAGGCCUGGAAGCUUGGGCCGGCACUGGCUAUGGGUAACACGGUUGUGAUGAAACCGGCCGAGCAGACUCCGCUGACUGCACUUUAUGUGGCUCAGCUGAUUGCUGAGGCCGGAUUCCCAGCCGGUGUUGUCAACAUCGUCCCUGGGCUGGGGGAAAGCGCAGGAGCUGCAGUAUCAUCCCACCCUGAACUGGACAAAGUGGCUUUUACCGGCAGCACGGAAGUCGGUCGUAAAGUCAUGGUAGCAGCCGCCGAGAGCAACUUGAAACGUGUGACAUUGGAAUUGGGUGGCAAGAGUCCCACCAUCGUGUUUGCCGAUUCGGAUUUGGACAACGCACUGGCCCAGACUCACGAAGGGCUUUUCUUUAAUCAUGGACAGUGCUGCUGCGCUGGAUCUCGAACAUUUGUCGAGGGAAAGAUCUAUGAUCAGUUUGUUGAACGCGCCGCGGAUUUAGCUAAGAAGCGAGUAGUCGGUAAUCCCUUCGAUGCACAAACAGCCCAAGGCCCCCAGAUUGACCAAGAGCAGUUUGACAAAAUUCUUGGCCUGAUCGAGAGCGGGAAAAAAGAAGGCGCAAAAUUAAUUGCGGGAGGCAAACGCCAUGGUGACCGAGGUUAUUUCAUCGCCCCGACUGUUUUUUCCGAUGUCAAGGAUAACAUGCGCAUCGCUGUCGAAGAGAUUUUCGGCCCAGUCCAGCAACUUUUGCGUUUCGAUAACAUGGACGAACUGGUCGAACGCGCCAACAACACCAUCUACGGUUUAGCUGCCAGCGUUAUGACCAAGGAUCUGGAUAAGGCACUUUAUUUGUCAUCUGCUCUGCGCGCUGGUACUGUCUGGAUCAACUGCCACAACGCCUUGGGGUCCCAGGCUCCUUUUGGUGGCUUUAAGCAGUCGGGCAUCGGUCGCGAGCUAGGCGAAUACGCUCUUGAAGCAUAUUCUGAAGUGAAAACGGUCACUAUCGCUGUGCCGAAAAAGAACUCUUAGAAGUUUAAAAGUCUCCUUGGAAGUCUUUGCUUUUCCAGUUCUUAGAAUUGACACCUAAAAAAUACGUUCAGUUUCUCUAAGGUCGUCGGUGAUGGCUCACAAUAGUAUUUGAUUUCGUCGUAAAAAUUAUUUUUGAAGUAUUACUUAACGUUGCUUUCCCGUUAUGAUUACUUGUAUAAUCUUUGAAUAAUUUCUGGAAAUGCCAUUUUGUGAGGUUUUUCGCAUGAACUGAAUAAAACACCGAAAGUGUG